GGCGGCGGCGGCGGCGGCGGGGUCACGGCGGCGGCCGGGUCAGAGGGUAAAGGUUGCUCCCCCAGCAUCCUCCGUGCUGGAUACUCAGCCAUCUUGGAUCCGCGGGACAAGAAAAUUCAUGCGGAAGUGUUCACCGGUCAAAAUUUGCUUACCUCAGCAGAGACAAAAAAUUAAUGGGCAAAAGUGCAGUCUGUAGGUGACAAACAGCAUGUUUGGUGCUUCAAGGAAGAAGUUUGUAGAGGGGGUUGAUGGUGACUACCAUGAUGAAAACAUGUACUACAGCCAAUCAUCGAUGUUCCCACAUCGGUCAGAAAAAGAUGCAACGUUGCAGAAGUGGAUCUUAGGAUGGGACUUCAAGAGAAGGAAGAUGCUGGCAUCACCAUCAACAUCAGGUCAGCUGUCUCAGUUUGGGGCAAGUUUAUACGGGCAACAAAGUGCACUAGGCCUUCCAAUGAGGGGAAUGAGCAACAAUACCCCUCAGUUAAAUCGCAGCUUAUCACAAGGCACUCAGUUACCGAGCCACGUAACGCCAACAACAGGGGUACCAACAAUGUCACUUCACACGCCUCCGUCUCCGAGCAGGGGGAUAUUGCCUAUGAAUCCUAGGAAUAUGAUGAACCACUCCCAGGUUGGUCAGGGCAUUGGAAUUCCCAGCAGGACAAACAGCAUGAGCAGUUCAGGGUUAGGCAGCCCCAACAGAAGCUCUCCAAGCAUAAUAUGUAUGCCAAAGCAGCAACCCUCUCGACAACCUUUUACUGUGAACAGUAUGUCUGGAUUUGGGAUGAACAGAAAUCAGGCGUUUGGAAUGAAUAACUCCUUAUCAAGUAACAUUUUUAAUGGAACAGAUGGAAGUGAAAAUGUGACAGGACUGGACCUCUCAGAUUUUCCAGCGCUAGCAGACAGAAACAGAAGGGAAGGAAGUGGCAAUCCAACUCCAUUAAUAAACCCUUUAGCUGGAAGGGCUCCCUAUGUUGGAAUGGUAACAAAACCAGCAAGUGAGCAGUCCCAGGACUUUUCAAUACACAAUGAAGAUUUUCCAGCAUUACCAGGCUCCAGCUACAAAGACCCAACAUCAAGUAAUGAUGAUAAUAAAUCUAAUUUGAGUACAUCAGGCAAAACAUCAUCCAGCACAGAUGGGCCCAAGUUUCCUGGAGAUAAAAGUUCAACUACGCAAAACAACAACCAGCAGAAAAAAGGGAUCCAGGUGUUACCUGACGGUCGGGUUACCAACAUUCCUCAAGGGAUGGUGACGGACCAGUUUGGAAUGAUUGGCUUGUUAACAUUCAUCAGGGCAGCAGAGACAGAUCCAGGAAUGGUACAUCUUGCAUUAGGAAGUGAUUUAACAACACUAGGUCUCAAUCUCAACUCUCCUGAAAAUCUUUAUCCCAAAUUUGCAUCACCCUGGGCAUCAUCACCUUGUCGACCUCAAGACAUAGACUUCCAUGUUCCAUCUGAAUACUUAACUAACAUUCACAUUAGGGAUAAGCUGGCUGCAAUAAAACUUGGCCGAUAUGGAGAAGAUCUCCUGUUUUAUCUCUAUUACAUGAAUGGAGGAGAUGUAUUACAGCUAUUAGCAGCAGUAGAGCUAUUUAACCGAGAUUGGAGAUACCACAAAGAAGAACGAGUAUGGAUCACCAGGGCACCCGGCAUGGAGCCAACAAUGAAAACCAAUACAUACGAGAGGGGAACAUAUUACUUCUUUGACUGUCUUAACUGGAGGAAAGUAGCUAAGGGCAUGUGGAAAGUACAAUAUGGUUAAAGACACUUUGAUUUUUCACUGAGGAUUUGGCUUUGUAGUUUGCUGCUGUUGAGGAGACAUGAAAGACACUCAAAUGAGAGAGGAAGGGAAGUGGAUAUGAGACCAAAAAUGCCUUCUACAAUUGCACAUUUACUGAAAUCCUGAUUUAAAUUGUCUGAAGUAUGAACUGUCUGGAGUUUCUCCUUUGAAAAGUAAGGAGAAUUAAUCCUGGUUAAAGAGAAAAAAAAAAAUCUAAAACCUUCUACUUUCGUUUUGUAUUUACAACGUGUGGAGUUCUUUUUGGGAGAGAAGGUUAAAUUUCCAAGUGUUUAUUUGCUUGUAAGGGUUGCUGCCUGUAUUAAAUUACUUUCUAUCAUUUUAAGAUCAAUAUUAAUUUACAUAUUUUUAUAAUUGCUAGAAAGUUAAAUUUGUUCUUCUAAUAGAAAUGUGCCAUAGCAUUUUAAUUUAGUCCCUAAUUUAACCUUGGGUCUUUGCAUCCAUCCUUAAUUCAGUAGAAAUGCUGCUUUUUUGGUCCCAUUUGAAAUUUCAACAAUCUCCUUUGAUGGAUUACACAGUCCAGAAUAUUUUGUCUGGACACUCAGACACUUCCUAUUCAGCAAACCUUAUUUUGAUUUACUCUAUUAAUGCUAUGGAUCACCUUAACCAAUUCUCUUCUAUCUUUAGUAUUCUUACCUAUUAUUGUUUGUAUAUGUGCAGGCUGAUGUAACUUUGCCAUCAAAAUAAGUUUUCGGAAUGACAUGAGAAGUGAUUGAUUUCAUUGCAUAGAACAAUUUAUUAUUUAGUGUUGCACAUGUGCUCUAAGUUUCCACACACUUACUAGUCAUUAUUCUUGGUUAAUAAAAGGUAUUUAAUUUUUAAUAAUUGCUUCCAUAUGGAAAAUAAAACGAUUUAGCAAAUGUUUGUCAAUGGAUAAGUGGCAUUUCUACACCUUAUUUUGUAUCUGUUUAUAUUCAAAAAUAUCAGUGCUGCUGUUCACAUCCUAGACUAUAGUGGCCCCUGGAAUCAAAAGUAAAGCAUAACGUACAUGUAAUAUAAGUAUUUUUCUAUAUGUAAUAAAUAAUUGCCUCUUAGUUUUCAACAAAUUUUGGUGA